AUGUCGUUGAGCCCCAAGCAUACGACGCCCUUCUCCGUGUCCGACAUCCUGAGUCCCAUCGAGGAGACCUAUAAGAAGUUCAGCGGCGCCAUGGACGGCGCGCCACCCAGCCUGGGGGCGCCCCUGGGGGCCGCGGCCGCCGCUGUCUACCGUCCGCCGCCGGCCGGUCCCUCUUCGCAAGGGGCGGUCGUGGCGGGCAUGCAGCCGCCCCAUGCCAUGGCGGGGCACAACGCGGCGGCGGCGGCGGCAGCGGCGGCGGCGGCCGCCACCUACCACAUACCACCGGGCGUCUCGCAGUUCCCACACAGCGCCAUGGGCGGCUACUGUAACGGCGGCCUGGGCAACGUGGGCGAACUGCCCGCCUACGCGGACGGCAUGCGGGGCGGCGCGGCUGCCGGGGCCACCGGCUGGUACGGAGCCAACCCGGACCCGCGCUAUUCGUCAAUUUCCAGGUUCAUGGGGCCGUCGGCGGGCGUGAACGUGGCAGGCAUGGGGUCGCUGACUGGCAUCGCGGACACCGCGAAGUCGCUGGCGCCCUUGCACGUAGCGGCGGCGGCGCCGCGAAGGAAACGCCGCGUGCUCUUCUCGCAAGCGCAGGUCUACGAGCUGGAGCGGCGCUUCAAACAGCAGAAGUACCUGUCGGCGCCCGAGCGCGAGCACUUGGCCAGCAUGAUCCACCUGACCCCGACACAGGUCAAGAUCUGGUUUCAGAACCACCGCUACAAGAUGAAGCGGCAGGCCAAAGACAAGGCGGCGCAACAGCUGCAGCACGAGGGCGGACUGGCCCCGCCGUUGCCGCCGCCAUCACCGCGCCGCGUGGCGGUGCCGGUGCUGGUCAAGGACGGCAAGCCGUGCCAGAAUGGCGCCGGCACGCCGACGCCCGGCCAGGUCGGGCCGCAGCCACCAGCCCCGACGCCCGCGCCCGAACUGGAGGAACUGUCUCCCAGCCCGCCCGCGCUGCACGGCCCAGGGGCCGGUCUGGCGGCCCUGGACGCGGCCGCAGGGGACUACGGAGGCGGCGUGCUGGGCGCCAACCUGCUCUAUGGCAGGACGUGGUGA